AUUGAAUUCUAGAAAAUCUAACAACAAAAAGAAAAAGUAUGUUAUUUUCCGUUUUUUCCGAUUUAUUAUCAUUGAUUGAUGAUAAUAUUAGUGUUGAUGGUGGUAAUGAUAAUGGUAAUGGUAAUAAUCUGAAUGGCCAACGUAAAACAUCGAUGAAUCGAAAUUCAAAAAAGAAAUCAUCACGUUCAUUAUUGAAUGAAAUGAAAAAAAUGGAUCUUAUGUCUAUAUUGAUAAAUUCAUUAUCCGGUUCAUGGACAAUAACACAAAUGAUUGAAGCAAUUCGUCAUUAUGAACAAGAUUUACAACGAUUACCUGAACGUAUUGAAAAUGAAAAAGAAUUAAUGAAAGAAAUUCCUAUUUGUUAUCGUUGUGUACAGCCUUGUUUAGCUGAAAAUAUACAUUAUGUUUGUUCACAUUGUUAUGAAAUAAUAUUAUGUGAACAAUGUGAACAACGUAGUGAAGAAUUACAUCCAUUUGAUUUUAUUAAAAUCAAACCAAAAUCUUUGGAUUCAAAUUCAACAUCAUCAACAACGGUAAAUCCAAUUGUUAAAGCUGCAAAACCAGCUAUCGAAAUGUUUCGUAAAAAUUUUUUACUUUUACUUGGUGAAUUACUUCGUGAUCUAACGAUUGCUGAAGAUUGUUAUGAACAAUAUACACCUGGUACAAGAUUUACAAAAAUUUGGCAUAUUGGUAAUAAUGGUAAUUUUGAUUGGCCUAAUGGUACUGUACUUCGAUGUCUUGGUUCAAAUAUUGAUCCAAUUAAUGGACAAAAAUCCAUUCCAUUAUCAUUGAAAGCUGGUGAAAAAUUUGAUGUACAAAUGGAUUUUAUGAUACCAAACGAUGUGAAUGAUGAAAAAAUUUUCUAUAGUGUAUGGCGUUUUUGGCAUGAUAAUCAUUAUUUUGGACAAACAAUACAGAUGCGUAUAAAAGCUGUACCGAAAAUUGAACAGAUUGAAAAAAUUGGUGAAAAAAUUAUUGUUACCAAUAUUAGUGAUGAUGAUGAUGUUAUUGAAAAUGAAAAAUCUGAAAAUGUUCAUGAUGAUGAUGAUGAUGAAAAGAAAGAGAUAAUAUUUACAACGGAAAUGGUUCCAUAUCCCGAUUGCUUUAAUUUAGCCAUUCCAUUUUUCAAAAAUGGUGAUGAUAAUAAUAAUGAUACUACUGCUACUAUUAAUGUUAUCGAAACAAGUGAAUGUGAUGAAAAGCAAUCGGAAAAAUUGAUACGACGACCAGAACCAGAAACAGAACAACGAAAAACUGAAAAAGAAAAAGAAAAAUCAAUAAAGAGAAAAAGUAAAUCAUCUUCAUUGAAAAAUGGUUCAAAAGAACGAGAAUCAACCAUAUUGAAUAUUGUACGAUCAUCAAAACAUUUGGAUCAUUCAAAAAAAGAUGAACGAUCAUCAUCAUCAUCAUCGAUCAACAAAAUGAUGGAUAUACAACAACAAUCAAAAUCAUUACGUGAACAUUUUCAUCAAUUUCAAUUUCCGGCCACUUCAGCAAUGUUAGAUAUUGCCAAUCGAAUGAUGGAAAAACAUCAACAACAUCAUCAUCAUCAUCAUAAUAAUAAUCAUAAUCACCAUCAUCAAAUAAAAUCAACAUCAUCAUUAUCGGCAACAGCAACAACUAAUGAUAAUCGACAAUCAUCGUCAACAGGAAUUGCAAAAACAAUUAAAAUUCGUCGCCGACAUCUUGGACAUCAUCAUUCGAAACAAUAAAUGGAUAAAUGAAUGAAUGAAUAGAUUUUCGUUUCUAUUUCGACACACAUAUACACACAAAAGUGGAAAAAGGUGUUUCCUGUUUCGAAUGUUUUUGUUGGUUGAAUUUUUUUUCACCUUGUUUGAUUCUGGUCAUUCUGAUUUUUUUUUUUUUUUUGAUUUGACAAUUUUUUUGUGUUUCUUUUGUUUUUU